UAAUGUCUGGCCUCUUCUAUAAUAUAGGUUAUUUCGGAGCCAAGUAUCCAUGUCUUGUAUUUGUAAUUUGCAUGACAGUGACAGGCAUAAUGUCUUUAGGACUAUACAAUUUGACUGUAUUAACAGAUCCUUAGUGUAAAAUAUUUAAUAAUAUUUUUUAGCAUUAUGGGUAUCAUCAAGUAGUAGAACCUAUUAAGAAUAAGAGAGUUCUGCAGAAAAUUAUGGUCCUUUCUAUAGAACCAAUUAAUUUAUAUUAGCCUAUUAAGAUGAAAAUUGGGUGAAUGUAUUUCAAAAAGAUGGAUUAAAAGUGAUAUACUUUUUAUAGAACAUUAUAAGAAACAGAAAAGUCUUAAUAGGAGGAAAGAAUACAACACUUGAUGAUUUGUGUUACAGACCAAUAUCUGCAAAGGGAUGUUAUGUACCAAGUCCAAUGGAUAUUUGGUUACAGGAUCCUUCCCUAUUAGAUGUUUGAUAAUAAUAAUAUUAUUAUAAUAGAAAGAUGAGGACAUACAAUUCACAACACUUUGUACAGAAUCAAUUGAUGUAAACCAAACUAAUAUCCCAUGCAGUGAUAAGAAUGGUAUUCCAAUAAUUUUAGAAUCAGUAUUUGGUGGAAUGUAUAAUCAUUUAUAAGUAAAUUAGAAAUUGUGAAUAAAGAGUUAAUGAUACUUAACCAUGUGAUCAUUGUUAUAUUCAAGCUAAGACUAUGGCAGUAACUUAUCUAUUGAUGAAUGAUGAAUUUACUAAGAAAGAUGCUGAAUAAUGGGAGAAGGAAGUUUGGAUGGAUACUUUGGAUGCAUUAAAUAAAAGAGAUUAUGCUAAAUUAUAUAAGUAUUAUGAUAAAUCUUUAAUGCCUGCUCCUCGAGAAUAAUUAUUAGAUUAAUAUAGAGUGGCUUUUAUGGCAGAGAGAUCAGUAUCAGAUGAAAUUGAUGAUGAAACUAAUCAAAAUGCUUGGAUUGUUGUAGUUUCAUAUUUUAUGAUGUUUAUGUAUAUUGGAUUUGCAAUUGGUUAAUUUCCAAGUAAAAUUUAUAAUGGAUUUACAUUGGGUUUGGGUGGUAUUUUCAUUGUAGCUGUCUCAAUGAUAAGUAGUAUUGGAAUGGUCUCUUAUUUUAGCAUUGGUUUGACUAUGAUAAGUUUAGAAGUAAGAAAAUUAAUAAUUUUUUAAAGGUUAUUCCUUUUUUAAUAUUGGCUAUUGGAGUUGAUAAUAUGUUUAUUAUUACUCACAAUUAUAAAAAAUAGAAGCAUCCAACAGUACCUGAAAGAAUGGGUUAUACAUUAAAGUAAGUAGGUCCAAGUAUUACAAUUGCAGCAAUUUGUGAGACUCUAGCAUUUUUAGUAGGAUCUUUAACUAAGAUGCCAGCUCUAUAAUCCUUUUGUAUUUAAGCAGCAGUUGGUGUAUUUAUAGAUUAUUUGUUGUAAAUCACUAUGUUUGUUGCCUUUCUCACAUUAGAUGAAUAGCGUAAAAAACAUAAAAGAUAUGAUUUAAUGAUUUGUAAAUAGGAUCCAAAUUAUUCAAUUAAAGAAGAUAGAAAACUCAUUUAAACAUUCUUUAAAAAACAUUACUCUCCAUUUAUAUAGAAACCUGCUUGUGUGAUUACUACAAUAGUAAUCUUUGUUGCAUUAUUUGCUAUUAGUUGUGUUGGAAUAACCAAAUUAUAAGUAGGUUUAGAUGAAUAAGUAUCUAUGGUUGAGGGAUCAAAUCUAUUUAAUUAUAUGACACUAGAAAAGAAAUACAUUGAAAUAGGACCAUUGGCUUAUUUAAUUUUAGAGAAUCUAGAUUAUUAAAAUUAACAUGAUUUAGAUUUAGUUGCAAAUUUGUCUAAUUCUCUAUCUUAAUUGAAUGAAACAGUUCAACCUCCAAUAUAUAGUUGGGUGGCUUCUUUCAAUCUAUUUAUUAGAGAAAAGGCUGAAUGGACUACAGCUUGUGAAACCUAGGAUAUUGCACUUUAUGAUUUACCUACUUAAUUAAAGAGAUUCUUAGGAGUUAGAAUAAAUUCUCCAUGUUGUCAAAGAUAUGGUAUUUGUGGUGAAACUUUUGAGGCUGAUAUAGUACUCAAUGAAUAAGGUUAUGUCAAAACUAGUAGACUCAGAUUUUAACAUAGACCUAUACAUAAUUCAGCAGGAUAUAUUUUAUCAUUAGAAUAAACUAGAUAAGUUAUAGAUAAAGUAGUUAAAGAUGCCAAACUUAAAGAUAAUCAAAAAGUCUAUCCUUAUUCAAUGCCUUAUGUUUUUUAUGAUCAAUAUUCUUAUAUUCGUGCAGUGGCUAUUACAAAUGUACUUCUAGCAUUAGCAACUAUCUUUUUCACAAUGACACUUGUUUAAGAUGUUGUUUGUGCUGUUAUAGUUGUGUUGUUUGUGUUUCUGAUUGCCUUCAAUCUGAUUGGAACUAUCUGGUUAACCAACGUUAUUUUUGGAGGUUUUAUUGUAAAGAUACAUUGUUAUUUUAGAUUGAAAUUAAUGCAGUGAGUGUUGUAAACUUAGUUACUUGUAUUGGUUUAGCAGUUGAAUUUGUAGCUCAUAUUGUUAUUAAAUUCAGAUUAUGUGAAGGUAAAAGAUGGGAAAGAGUUACUGGAGCUAUGUCAACAAUGGGAACAUCUGUUUUUGUUGGGAUUGCUUGUACUAAAUUUAUUGGAGUGGCUGUCCUUGGAUUUGCUCCAUCCACUCUUUUUAAACUUUACUAUUUUAGAAUGUAUAUUUUGAUGGUUGUCUUGGGAGCUUUCAAUGUAAAUUUAUUUAUUAUCCUACUCUUAGGGUUUAGUAUUACUACCAAUAUUCUUGGGUCUAUUUGGACCAUAAUUUAGUAUUAUGAAAGUAAGAGUUAAAUCCCUUAUAAAUUAAUCUGAAGGCACUAAUUUAUCAUCUUAGGCUUAAGCUAAAAAGAAAGCAAUUUAUAAUUGA